AUGCCGCGGGCCACUAGAAAACCUGUUCAGGUGGAGGGGGUUGGGUUGGCACGUCGACAGCAACAGGGAGAGUCGGCUUCAGCUGCGCUUGAUGAUGCUGCCGCUCAGCAACGCCUGCGGCGGCUCCGACGCAAGCGCCUCGCCGAGAAAGUGGUCGCCCACUGGAAAGACUUCGCCCGGGAAGGCAUCGCCGAGGCUCGCGCCCGGGCCCACGCCUCCGCCGCCCCCCGGCGCCGCGGCCUGACUAGGUGGCGGGCUGGCGCGACGGCCCUCCGCUCCACCCGGCACCGCCGCACGGCGGACGCGGGACGGUGGCGGUUCCUCGCUGAGUCGCGCGGCUUUGCCACGUGGCUGGCCGCCACGCGAGCCACGCGAGAUCGCCGUCGCCGCGAAGAGACGGCGGCGGCGGCGGCGGCGGCGGCGAAAGCGGCAGCGGCGGAGCGGGUGCUGACGAAGAUCGCGAGAUCGAGCCUGCAGCGGUGGGCGGCGUGGGCGGCGGGGCGGCGGGCGCGACGGGACGCCGGAAACGAGGCCUGUGUCCACGCGUCCAGCUUGCUUCCCGGCAAGCUCCGGCGUGCGAUCCGCCGCUGGCGGCAGCAUUGCGCGAACCGGCAGCAGUUCCGCCGCAUCUUGACCGACGUCGCGACGGUCCCGCGACCACCGCCCGCGUUUCCGCGGCGAGGAGCCCCACCGACUUUUCCAUGUCGAGCACCACCACCAACGCCGCCGCCGCCACCCCCGGCACCGACAACGGCGGAGGCGUUUGCUACGGCGGGACGCGCCCGGGCAGCCUCGUUCCUGCGGCGGUGGCGCCGGGCGGCCACGCGCCGGAGGCGCACCCGCGCCUCCGCGGGCCUCGCGCGACGGUUUCGAGACCACGUGCUCCUCUUGCGGCAUCACGAGCACUGGAAGGCGUUCGUCGCGGGGAAGAGGGCGGCGGCGGAGCUGGAGGCGGCGGCUGCGCGGCUCGGCCGGCGGGCGCGGACGCGACGGGCGCUGCUGGGUUUGUCGAGAGCGGCGGAGGCGUCGGCGGAGGAGAGGGACAGGGUGAGGCCGGUUCUGCGGGAGGCGUUUUCGAAGUGGGACAAGGCUUGCGCGGAUGGCCUGAGGAAGAGGGAAUGCCGGGAAGAGGAGGCCAGGGAGAGAGACAGGAGAACCAGGCGUCGGGUGCUCAGAGCCUGGUUGUGUCGCACACGAAACUCCGUGGACGCAAGGGGUCAGGUAGUCGAGGGUGAGCGGCACCGCCGGGAGCGGUGUCUGCGAAGAGCGGUGCGGGGCUGGGCGAGAGCGGGGCUCGAGUCGAGACGACGGAGGGGGCAGGCUACGGCUUCGCGCAAGCACGCGGACAGGAGGCGUUUGGCAAGCGGGGUUCGGGUGUGGAGAGUGGCGGCGGCCGGCAUGGCAUCGCGGCGAUCCGCCAAGAGGGUUGCCAUGGACAAGGAUCACAUCCGCUACGACAAUCGUCGCCGCGGGAAGGUUGCGGCGCUCUUUCGCCCGCUGGCAAGAGUUUCACGGGUCGUCCCAGGUCGCCACGGUUACCCGUCUCCGCGCGGAAGGGCACGCCCGCCGGAAAGUUCUGGGAAAGUUCUGGGCGGCCUGGGUGGCGGUUCGAGAGUUGCAGUCGCCGAAGCGGGGCGCAGGGAAAGGGAGAAAGUGAGCGCCGCGCUGCUGCUGUGGAAGUUACACACCCAGGGGAAGGCGUUCGCAGCGCUCGCUGCUCACCGGCUGAGAAGGCGCUGGAAGCAAGACAGGGCUCGACGCGCGGUGGGGUGGAGACGAGAGCGCCUAAUCAAAGACGGGGCUCUCAGGUGGGCCGCUACCGCCGAUGCCCUCUCCGCGAGCCGGAUAUCCUCGACCGCCUUUCGGGAAGGGAACAGGGCCGCUCGCCGCUGGGAAGCGGCCGGCCGGUGCGCGCGGCACUGGCGGCGCGUCGCCGCCGCCCGUGGGAUGCAGCGGCGAGCCCGGGAUCAGUUUCCUCGAACGAGCGUUGCUCCGAUGCCCGGGUUUCCUGGAGAUGUUCCAGGCGAUGUCGCUAGGGGGUGCGUCGCGGUUAGGGAUGGUGAAAUUAUCGCCGAGUCGGGGGGAGUUCGGUUCCCGCGUGGGGGAGGCGGUAGCCGAGCGCGUCGGCCGGACGUAGCCACUGCCACAGGUAGGACAAGCAGUCUACGCAUGGCGGCGGGAGUCGGGGUCGACGAGGAGAACGUGCGUCUUAGCAGCGGAGGGCCGGUGGAAGAGGGAGGAGCGGCGGCGCCGGGGGAAGAGUUUACUCCCGUGUCUGGCGGGCCAGCGCGAGAGGAGAAAGGGAGGUUGUCGCCCUUGUCUGUUCGGGGAUUGUCCGGACAGGGCGAAGAGGAGGAAGAGGAAAACGAGCACCGCACGUCGCCGCCACCCAUGACCGUCGGGAACCUCACUCAGGCGGCGUGUCCUCUCCCCGCCGCCGCCUCAGAACCCCCAUGGGGUAGAACACAGCCGGGUAGUGGUGUCGACGCCGGCGUUGAUGGAGGCAGUCCAGGUGGCGGUGGGGAUUUUGGUGGGGGGGGGGGUGCUGGACGACGGCGGCCUGCUCCGCGACGCCCCCUGGAGCUCCUGCUUGAUGAGACCUCCCGCUUCGCCGCAACCGCCAGCGAAAACCGGGGUCAGCGCGGCGGGGGAGUAGCCCCACCGCUGUCGACAUGGGUAGUGGACGAGAUGAACCGCCUGUUUGGCGCGGGCGGUAGCGUCAACAACGGCCUCGCGGUUGCUGGAGGAGGUUCCAGUGCCGUCGUCGAUGGCGACCGAGGCCGUCGAGAACGGGCGGCGAUGUUCCGGAGCGCAGGGCAUGUAGACUGCGGGCAAUCCGGACAAGUCGCGUGUCUCCCAGGCAGGGAUGGAGGCGGUCGGUCCAAAGACAGUGACGGUCAGCUAUUCGCCCCUAUAAAGUCGACGUUUUGGGGAUCAGGCAGGGGAGAGAUGGCGUCUGCGUCUGGACCAGGGUCGGCGCCCUUUAGAAGGGCGGCUUCUCCGUCUGUUGGGCAGUGGGAGAGGCGUGCAGGUACCAGAGGCAACCAGCAACAAGGAGGCUUGCUCCAGCAUCCGACGGAGGUAUCGUCCCUUCCAGCAACCGCACGACCACCGCAACCACCCCCGUCCCAAGAGGACACGACCUCUACGUCGGGAGGAGGGGUCAGAGGCGUCUAUGGCGCACCCACCGCCGCCAGCUGUACAUGCCAGUGCAACAGUCCUGCGCCUCCCUCAUGUGCACGACCCACUACACCGCAGUUCGAUGGCGAGAUGAUGCCUCUACCCGUGGAUGUUGGGUCGCCACUUGCAGCAGCUCCUGCCCUGCCAGCCGGGGAAGCAGGAGCCGGUGGUGCCUUCGAAGCGACCGAGGCCUCUCCUUCUUCACCUGAGUCGAUCGCAGAUUCCACGGUGGCCAGUAGCUCGGCUGCUCAACAGCAAUGGCCGACUUCGGUCCUUAGUUUUGACGGGGCAGCAACCGCCUACGAGACAGAGGAGGCAGACCUUGAGGCAAGAGUAGCCAAGGCCGAGCGGCGCUUGCGAGCCUUGCAGGAACGCGCGCGCCAGCGGCAUAGAGACAAGCGCGAGCUGGCGGCGCUGCACCAAGCACUCGCCGAGCAAGAAGCAAGAACCACUCACGAUGGGGUUGGCAGCCGCGGCAAUGAUGGUGGUGAAAUGGGGGGUGGUAUCGACUGUCCUGUCGAUGGAAAUCGAAAGCCAUCGAAAGCCUUGCUUUCCUCAGCGGCCGAUAACCGCGGCAACAACAACGCCGUCGGACAAGGCGACUUCCCGUCGACGAUAUCGAACAGUAGUCAUUCUGCGGUGGAACCUGGCAACGAGGAAGGGCCAACACCGGCCUCAAUCGGCGCACCACAUAGUUUGGAUGUCACCACCCCUGCUCAAACCGCGCUGCUGUCGCUGGACGGUAAUAGUAGCGAGCACGAAACCGCCACGGAUACCUCGUCGCGCCGAGCGCUGCUGGUGAGGAUGGGCAUGAUAAGAGCUCGGUUGGAUUCUGGGGGAAAGGUACGCGCGGAGGGCGGUUGGCUGCGGCCGGUGGCGGAGAGCUUGCGGCGCGAGGUGGAGGAAUUGGCCAAAAGCGGAGCGGCGGGAAGGAGCAGGAGUGGGAGUGGCGGGCCGUGA